GGGAAACAGCGUCAAGCUCAUGUAGUUUUCCAUACAAAACCCCAGUGACAGUUGCAUUUUUUAGUGCUUUUGUGAAAUUUUAUCAUUGAAAAUAUCCUCUAAAAACCCACAUAGUUCUUUCUAAUUGUGCCACUAAAAGAUUCUUUUGAAGUUCCGACUAAAUUUAGCUACACAAUGUCUGGACGAUUUUUCCAAAUGGGACCCCAAACUCACGCCAUCCCCAUGGAGAUGUACCGUGAAAAUCGCGAACGUGUGACUAAGGCCUUGAAAGUGGCCAUGCCGACCAUUAAAGAGGGUUCCCUGGUACUGCUUCAGGGAGGCCAAGAUAAAAGUCUCUAUGACACCGAUGUUGACUACGUGUUUCGUCAGGAAUCAUAUUUCACGUACCUUUUUGGCGUCACUGAACCUGGAUGUUAUGGUUGCGUGGAUGUCUUCUCGUGUCGAAGUUUACUCUUUGUACCACGCCUCCCGGAGGAAUAUGCCGUCUGGAUGGGGAGACUAUUUACCAAGGAAGACUUUAAGGUCAAGUACCAAGUUGAUGAAGUUCACUAUGUUGAUGAGAUAAACAGCGUGAUUGCGUCAAGAAAUCCGCCUGUUAUUUACGUUUUGAAAGGAAAAAAUUCUGAUAGUGGACUGAUUGCUCAACAAGCGCAUUUCGAUGGAAUCGAUAAGUUUACUGUAGAUACGGAUGCUCUUUUCCCAGUCAUUGCUGAAUGUCGUGUCAUUAAAUCCGCUAAGGAAAUCGAGGUCCUGCGCUAUGUUUGCCAGGUAUCUUCUGAUGCUCACAAGAAAGUCAUGAAAUAUGUCAAGGCUGGGGUUUCUGAGUAUGAAGCCGAAGCGGUGUUUUUGGAGCAUUCCUAUCGCGUAGGUGGAUGCCGUCAUGUAUCCUACACCUGCAUCUGCGGUACAGGAGAAAAUGCUGCAAUUUUGCAUUACGGUCAUGCGGCAGCUCCCAAUGAUAAGAUCCUCAAGGAUGGGGAUAUGUGCCUCUUUGACAUGGGGGCCAAUUAUGGGGGUUAUGCUGCUGACAUCACGUGCUCUUUCCCAGCCAAUGGUCGAUUCACAGCUGACCAGAAAAUAAUCUACGAAGCUGUUCUGGCGGCAAGGAAUGCUGUUCUGGAAGCAGCACGUCCUGGUGUUUCUUGGGUGCAGAUGCAUCGUUUGGCCAAUAGAACCAUGCUGCAGAAACUUAAAGAUGGGGGACUUCUGAAAGGAAAUGUCGAUGAAAUGAUGGCUGCGGGCAUCAAUGGUGUUUUCCAGCCUCAUGGCUUGGGACAUCUCAUUGGUCUGGAUGUUCAUGAUGUUGGAGGAUAUUUGGAGCACUGUCCUCCACGUCCUACUGAGCCAGGCUUCAAGAGUCUUCGCUUUGCUAGGCCACUGGCAGCAGGGAUGUACGUAACAGUCGAGCCAGGGUGCUACUUCAUUGACAUUCUCCUGGAUCGUGCCCUCAAGGAUCCUCAGCAAAAUCGUUUUCUUGUACCAGAAGUUGUUGCCAGAUUCCGUGGAUUUGGAGGUGUCCGGAUUGAAGAUGAUGUACUAAUCACUGAAAAUGGCUGCGAAAAUUUCACAAAAGUGCCUAGAACUGUUGCUGAAAUUGAAGCGUGGAUGUCUUCCAAGUAAACCCCAGGACAACAUUUAUUCUCCAGAGUGAAAAAAUGAUGCAAAUAUUCUAUUCUUUUAAAUAAAUGAAUUUGGUGAAUUUGUGCUGAGAAAA